AUGACCACCGAGGCUAAAAACCAGGUAAACGGGGUGAAUGACAGUCUCAUCUCAGGCAUGACUGUAAUUUCCUCCAUCAACGAUCCUCCAAGCUCUAACACAUCCUCCAACACCAUCGGCGGCAUGUCAACUCCCAUGACACCCCCACCACCAGGUCCACAAGAGUUUCUGGAGUCGAUGACUGCAUUGCUGAAUUCUGAUAAAGCCCAGAAUCAACAGGUACGGGUGCAGGAUUUCCCUGCUGUGUCUGGGUCUUAUGGCUCGUGCCAGAUAACCCAGGCUCUGCAGGGCUCAAUUCCGCUUUUUGUUCCAGAUCAAAUCUUCCCGUUGAGCCUGCCAUCCGGUAUGAGCGAGGCCGGUAUCCUGCACAUGCCUUCUGCACAGUCGGGUCUCUCAAUAGACUUGGGUCUCCCGGGGAAUUUGACUUCCCAAACUGCAUCUCUGCAAUUGAGUGAGGGCUUGGGCCCUCCAGUUCCGGUUUCCGAGGCGUGGAAGGGCUUCGAGUCUUCAGCCGGCAAUGUGCCUUUCAUUCCCAUGCCUUUGGGAGAUCCUUUUAUGAGUCUUGAGCAGGGUGAGGUUUUUAACCCUCAGCCUGGCUGUGAUAUGCAGUCUAUCUUCUAUCAUAUCAAAGAUGACAACUUACAAGGUGAGGAGGAGCCGACUCUGUUGGGGUCGGUCCACCUUGAGGAUCUAAUGCCGAGCCGGGUUUUGUUUUAUUUUGGGGUAUUGAGUGUCAUGGCUCGCCUUUCGCCGCGAUUUGUUUUCAAAUAUGGAGGCAAGGACGGGAGGAAGUUUGGAGUUCGCCUACUUGUUUAUGGACACACUAUCCUGGUGGCCCCUAAUGCCAAGACGGUGUAUCUCGCGAGAGUGAAUGCCUGCCGAAAGGCUAUGCACAAGAUGCGCAAGUACAAUCCGCAAUGGCUAGUUCCUCCACUGCCCAUGGAUGGACCUACUCGACCGGCAUGGAACUGGACUCGAUUACUUGAAGAAUUUUGCUUCGAGGUAGGAUGGUCUGCUCCCUCAUAUGGACCGUCUGUGUUUGGAAGUCAAUGGCAUUGCGACCUUGCCAUCAACGGCCACUUCUUUCGUACAUUCAAGCAAUGUGACAGCAUGGCAGAAGCCCAGAACACGGUGGCUCACCACGCUUUGUACCAGCUUUUGGUGACAGAGAAUAUUGACCCAGGCUUCAUCUUGCCCGCAGACUCUCCUCUGCUCAUCCUGCCAGAGGCCAAGGAAUCUGUGGUCCAUCAGAAGACCGGAUUAGAUGCCAGAACUCAGGGCAGGGUAUCAGGAGUUUCUGGGGGCAAGAUUGUUAAAUUCUCGAUGCCUUCAUCACCUGAGAAACAGGGUCAGAGCAUGAACAUUAAGCCUGCUCUGAAGCCUACCAAGCGUGUCCCGCCACCUGUUCAGAAUCCGCCUCUGCCCAGUCGUAAUAGCCGCAGAAAGAAGAACAAGGCCACCCUUGCUCCUCACCCUUCAGGAGGCCCUCUUCCAGCUCCUCUAGCUCUGCCCUGUCCUGAAAGCGAGUCACCCAAGCUAGGAAAUGCCAAUCGCAUUCCUCUGGAGAGAUGCAGACUGGCUCCUAUUGAGAGCCCCGAUGACACUAAAGUUGACCCUUUGGCGUCGCUCAAGGCCGUACAAGAGAAGCUGGCCCAAAUAAGCCCUCAGGCUUCAUGGUACCGAGUUAUGAUGAAGCCCGAAAUCCGCACGGAGACUAAUGCGGAUCGCUCAGGUUCAUCGCAUGUAGUUCGAGCCUGGUUCAAUGACCCGAGUCCGUAUCUUACCCGGGCCAGCCCGGUGACGCUGGCUCACACUCGCCCGAUUUCCGACAGUGCAGCUCACUCCUUAGGCGUGAAGAAGGUCAUCCUAUUCUUGCUGAAGAUGCUCAAGGACGAAGUGGGUCUGACGUCUUCGGAUGAUAUCUACCUGAAUGAGCUCCACCUAUUACGCAGUCUUGAGGUCGAGAUCGAGUAUCGGCUGAGUUCACCUCAACGGUCGACCACGACCCCAUCCCUGCGCAUCCACUCCUCUUAA